UCCAAUUUCAAUUACCAUAUGAAGUGGUUGGCUCUGUGCGUUUUAGCCAUCGUAGUGAUAAGUCUUGCGGGAGCAGAUGGGGAAGUGUGGGAGGAGGACGAUCACGAGGUGCUAAUUCGAAGCGAAAGGGGGGCCAAGAAUCGCGGUAAGCAAGAAUGCCGAUACGGCAAGGGAGCAUGGUCGGAAUGUGAUCCAAAAACGAAUCAGCGAUCUCGGACGUUGACACUGAAGAAGGGCAACCAGACGAGCUGCGAGCCCACCAAGACAAUUCAGAAGAAGUGCAAAAAAGCAUGUCGAUACGAGAAGGGAACAUGGGGUGAAUGUAACGCGCAAAGCCAGAUGACAAGGAGUGACAAAUUGAAACCCAACAGUGAUGCAUCAUGCGAGCAGACUAGACAAAUAACGAAAAAAUGCAAAGCAAAAGGUGCCAAGCCAACGAAAGAUAAGAAAGCUGCCCGUCGCAACAGGCAGUAAAGAAGAAUAGAAAAUUAGGAUAAACUAAGUUUAAAUAUUACUUCAUCUAGCAAUUCAUCGAAUAUUAAGACCCAUGCAAUAUAUCAAUCAUAGUUUCAUAUAUAUAAGAAGACCCAGUAGAAACAUGUAAUAUUUAUGUAUAUAAUAUAUCUAUAUAUGUAUAUCUAUUACAUUCUUUCUUACAAAUAAAGGUUAUAGAGAAUCA